AUGGCAAACAUUUCACCGAGAGCAUGUUCAAAGACCCCGCACGCUGUCAUUUUGCCGCUAGUGUCGCUUCUUCUCGUGUUUUAUUGGUCGAGUGACAUUUGGCAACUAGUUGUACAUGCAGUUCCAGUUCAAUACAAAACCACAACAAUAGGAGGAUUUAAAUAUGUGGAGGGAGUUUCUCCAAUGUAUCAAGCGGAAUAUGGUCCUCUUUCACAACCAAGCGCAGCCAUCAUGAAUGACAAGAAUGAAACAUAUAUUUCAGAUACAGGAAAUCAUGUCAUACGAAAGAUUACGGCAAACGGAAUCAUUACACUGUUUGCAGGGCUAGGAGUUGGAGGAUACAAUGGUGAUGAUCACAUAUUAAAAUGUCAAUUCAAUCAACCCAUGGGAUUGUAUCUUGCAGUCAACGGAGACCUUUAUGUUGCAGACUCUGGAAAUUCAAUGAUCAGAAAGAUAUCAGCGAGUACCCAAAUGGUCACCACCAUUGUCUCGAGCACCAAUUUGAAAAAUCCAAUGGGUGUUUUUGUAGUCGAAAGCACUGGAGAGAUUUUUGUGACAGAUUUAAAUUCUGGGAAUGGUUUGGUCAGGAAAUUUGAUUCCACAGGAACGACCAUGACCAUCAUUGCAGGAGGAGGAAGUUCUGUGUUAAAUAAUGUGAUUGCAACAAAUACCAAAUUGUCUUCACCGAGAGGAAUUUUCGUCACUCCAACUGGAGUGAUUUAUAUUACGGACACGACAGAAGGAUUAAUUAGAAAAAUAACAGUUGAGCCCAAUGGUCAAUACAGAAUUCUAACCAUUGCUGGAAUGCAAGGUGUAAGCGGUGGUAGUUUUUCGGAAGGCACACAACCAUUGAAUACAUAUUUCCAAUCUCCAAUAGGUCUUUAUGUGACAAGCAGUCAAGAUAUUCUCGUGGCAGAUGCUGGAUUUCAUCGAAUUCGAAAAAUCUCCUCUGACCUCAAAACAGUAACCACUGUAGCAGGAAAUGGAACCAGCGAUGAAGAUAGUAUUCAAUAUGGUAAUGCAGGAGAUUAUGGACCUGCAUUGUCAGCACCUCUCAACCAACCUAAUUUUGUUUCUAUCAAUUCGAGAGGUGAUUUAAUUAUUACAGGACUCAAUCGAGUGCGAAUGGUAUCUGGUAAUGACAGUACGAUUACAACAUUGGCAGGAAAAUUUAAAACCAAUCUUGGAUAUGGAGAUGGAUUAAAAGCCAACAGUCUUGGUAUUCGACUUACUCCACGACAUGCUGUCCUCUCUCGAGAUGGUUCUGAAAUGUAUGUGAGUGAUUCCAACAGUCACACCAUUCGAAAGUUAGGACUGCCAAAUGGAAUUAUAACAACAGUGGCUGGAGUGAAAGGACAAUCAGGAUUUAAUGAAGAUGGUUUAUUGGCGAAUCAGACCACGUUGUCUAUCCCAUCUGGUCUCUAUUUAUAUGAUAAUGGUGAAUUAUUGAUUGCAGAUUCAUCCAAUCACAGAAUCCGUUUAUUACAACUCAAUGGAACGAUUACCACAAUCUUUUCCACCAACACAUCCAUUGGAGAGCCAUCAAUGGUCGUUGCCUCAGGUUCUAAGAGCACCGAUGGUUACAUUUACUUCUCAACCAAAUCUGGAAUUUAUAAGGGACUGCGAUCGAGUGCCAAUUUUAUUGCUGUCUAUACCUACAGUGAAUUUUCUGACCCCAAUCCUACAUCGUUUCAUGUGGAACAAGAGCAAGAUGGAACAGUUGUCUAUUUUGGAGAUGUUGAAACGGCUUCGCUUGUGAAAUAUUUUGAAAAGAACAACACAGCUGUGAAAUUGUAUACAGAUCCAAAUCUCCACACUGUGGCCAGCGUUUUUAGAAGAAACGGAACCACUUAUUUUGUUUUGGGUAGUUCAAGAAUUUGCAAACUCUUGCCCGAUAACAGCAUUCAAGUAAUUGCAGGAAUUUUACCAUCCAAUAACGUGGAAUUUAUUGGAUACAGCGGAGAGGGAUUACAAGCUAAUCAAUCUUUACUGAGAUCUCCAAAUAAUCUUCAUGUCUCUCCACAAGGUGAAAUCUUCUUUUCCGAACGUAUCGGUCUCGUAAGGAAAAUCGGCCUCGACAACACCAUCACUACGGUUCUUGGCUUUUAUCCAUUACCAGCUCCUGGAACACUGGCCAACAAAUUUCCUAUUUUCCAACCAGGUUUUGUUGCUAUCAACAAGAACAAUGGACAAAUUGCCAUUUAUUCCUCACACAUGACACAAGACCAUUCGAUUUUUAAUGUGGAUGGAGCAAGUGGUGUAAUUUCAACGCUUUUCGGAUUUAGAACAAUGCCAGCUGCUUCAACGUCGUUCUAUGAAGGACCAGUAGGACUUUCUUUUAUUGUGAAUUCACAAUUUUGCUACACCUCUAAAAACAAUUUAAUUAUUGCAACGGGUUAUCAUCAAAUUGUGAAAGUUUCGAAUGGAAUGGUUUCUGUAGUGGCUGGAAAAUUUCGAACACCAUCCUUUAGUCCUGAUGGAACACUUGCAAACAAUACCUUAAUGUAUAAUCCAAGGGCAGUGAUAUGUGUGCCAUCCUCCCAACAAGGAGCUGAUGAUGACAUUAUUUAUUUUGAUGCUGGUAAUCGAAGAAUUCGAAUGAUUUCCAAUGGAGUUGUGAAAACCAUUGUAGGAUCAGGAAUGGACGGAGAUGCCAAAUUCACCAAUGAUGGAGUGAAUGCCACUUCGGUCAAUAUUGGAAAUUCCGUAAAGGCACUUGCCCUCUCUCCAGAAGGAGAUUUAUAUUAUUCUGAAACUUCGAGACACAUCGUUCGAGUGCUCAAUGCCACCACAGGUCUCAUUUCCACAGUGGCUGGUAUUAAGGAUGCUCGUGGAUAUUAUGGAGAGAAUAUUGCAGCGGAUUUGGCUAAUUUGGAUUCACCUCACGGUUUGACCAUUGCUCCCAAUGGAGAUUUGAUGAUUGCAGAUUCUACGAACAAAAUCAUUCGACGAGUGUCCAAGACCACAAAAUUAAUAAGAACCAUUGCUGGAAUUCCACCACGUGCGCAAGAUUGUUAUUACAAUGGAGACUUGUUAGGCACAGAUACUUGCAUUACAGCAUUGUCAAGUUUAGCGGUCAAUCCUACCAAUGGUGAAAUUGUGUUCACAGAUGAUGGUAACGGAGUGGUACGAAAAUUAACUCCAUUUUGUGAAGGAAACAAAACAAUGGAUUCCACGUUUUCCGAAUGUUCAUGUCCAACUGGAUAUGGAGGAAACAAUUGUGAAUUAUCCAUUUGUAAUGGAACUCUCUCAUCCAAUUCUGGAGUUUGUUCAGGUCAUGGACUCUGUACAAGUCCAGGAAUAUGUGUAUGUUUUAAGGGGUUCACAGGAACGAAUUGUGAAAAGAGUACAGCCAUUCCUGUCGCUUCCUCUUCAUCAAGUCGAGUACCAACCGAUCAGAACAACACUACCACGAUUAUUAUUGCCGUCGUUGUUCCUGUAGCAGUGGUUUCACUCAUUGGCUUAAUCAUUGCCAUGCUUGUAAUCAUUGUCAUGUGUGUGGUGAGAAAACGAGGAAGCAAAUCUGAUUUGGAAAUGAACAAACCAACCUCUAAUGUGGCAUUCCCAAAUAGUAGUAAUGUAGAACUUCCAAACUCAAAUCCAAAUUCUUUAAUUUCUGAUUUUCCAAGUGACAUGAGUGUGAACUUUACUCCAAUUAUGAUCAGUGAAGAUAGAAUGCAACAAUCUGGAGUGACAUCUACAGAAUCACUGGUUUAUCAAGCCGAUCCAUUCUCUCGAUAUCAAAAUAUUUCAAGAAUUGGUAAAGGAGCUUUUGGUUCCGUCUAUAAGGCCAACGACACCAAAUUCCAAAACAAAGUCAAAGCAGUCAAAGUCAUGAAAUUUACAUCUCUCAGUGAUUUGAACAAUAUCAUGAAAGAAGGAAUGCAAUUGAUGAAUAUUCGUCAUGACAACAUUCUCAAAGUGAAUGAUUUCUUUGUAUCAAAAGAUAACCUCGUGUGUUUGGAUAUGGAUUUCUAUGAACAGGGAGAUUUAGCCAAAUUUGUGACACCUCAAAGUCCAUUCUGCAGUGAACAUUUAAUCAAACAAAUUAUUUGGCAAGUGUGUAAUGCUUUGACCUACGUUCAUGGAACCUUAAAUAUUAUUCAUAGAGAUAUCAAACCUUCGAAUAUUUUCAUCAAAUCUAUGAAGGAUGACAAGAUUCAUGUGGUGUUGGCAGAUUUUGGAUUGGCUAAAGGAAAUCAAGGAUCUGAAGCUCUAUCCUAUGCUGGAACACCUCUUUACAUGUCUCCCGAAAUUGGUCUUGGUGGAAAAUACUAUGCCAAUACCGAUGUAUAUUCACUUGGAGUAACGAUAUAUCAAAUCAUGACCAAAGAUUCUUCCACUUCGAUCAGUCACUUGUUAUUAAGUAAGGAUCCAGAGAGUGUGAGAAAGUUGUUACUCUCCAAAAUGAAAGAUGGAGAAUAUUCGGAUGAAUUAUGUGAUAUUGUAUUGAAAAUGUUGGAAAAGGAUUCCAUGACUAGACCUAAUGCGAUGGAUAUUCUUGGAUUGCCUUAUUUCCGAAAUAUGUAA